AUGUAUAGAUUUGUUAGAGAUUCAUUUUUCGGUAACUCUGUCUACCAUAUAUCUGGCAGGAAGUUUUUUAGACAACCUGAGGAAUUGGAGUCGUAUGUAGUUGAUGAAAAAUACUUGGGUGCUGGUCCAGAAGCUAACCCUAUAGCUACAGAAAGCUCCAAAGAAGGUGAUGGUGAGGAUCGUUAUUCAGAGAAAAAUGAAGACAUAGAGAAGUCUCAAGAUGAUAGUUCCUCAGGUAUAGAGAAGGAAGACCUCAUUAUAGUUGAUUGGGAUGGUGAAGAUGAUCCAGAAAACCCUCAGAAUUGGCCAACAUACCAAAAGGUUAUCUUUGCAUCUCUUGUUGGAUUCUUAACAUUCUCAGUAUAUGUUGCUUCUGCUAUCUACACCCCAGGUCUUGAGGAGAUUAUGUCACAAUUUAAUGUUUCAGAAACGGUGGCUAUCGUCCCAUUAACUAUGUUUGUUGUUGGUUACGGUAUUGGACCAAUGUUCUUAUCUCCCAUUACUGAGAAUGCAGCUGUGGGUAGAAAUUAUGUUUACAUUUUAACAUUAUUUAUUUUCUUCAUCUUACAAAUACCAACUGCGUUAUCUAAAAAUAUUGCCAGUUUGUCUGUUUUAAGACUUAUAUCCGGGUUUUUUGCUUCUCCUGCUUUGGCUACCGGCGGUGCUUCUAUGGCUGAUGUUAUUCAAUUCCCUUAUCUUCCGGUUGGUUUAUGUGCUUGGGCUUUGGGUGCUGUUUGUGGUCCAUCAUUUGGUCCAUUGAUUGGUGGUGUUUUAACCGUUAAGCAUGAUUGGAGAUGGACCUUUUGGUUCAUGGCAAUGCUUUCUGGUUCUGCCUUGUUUAUUUUGACCUUCUUUCUCCCUGAAAGUUAUGGUAAAGCUUUGCUUUACAGAAAGGCGUUAAGAUUGAGAAAGUUAACUGGUAACCCCAAAAUUACUUCAGAAGGCGAAUUGGAAAUUAAAUCAAUGAAUAGAAAUCAACUUAUUGGUGAUAUUUUAUGGAGACCUUUUGAAAUUACGUUAAUUGAACCAGUGGUUAUGUUGAUUAACAUUUACAUUUCCCUUGUCUAUUCUGUAAUGUACUUGUGGUUUGAGGGUUUUCCAAUUGUUUUCCAACAAACUUAUGGUUUCCCAUUGGUUACCCUUGGUGCAUCAUAUAUCUCUCUUGUCAUCGGUAUUCUCAUUGGCGGUUUAAUCUACAUGGUUUAUAUCUAUCAAAAAUUCACUGUCAAAAUCUUAAAGGGUGAAGGGUUUGUUCCUGAGGUUUUCAUUCCCAUGACCAUCAUUGGUUCGAUCUUAUUGCCUACAGGUAUAUUUAUUUUUGGUUGGUCUGCUGCAAAGGACUUGCAUUGGAUUGGCCCAAUGAUUGGUGCAGGUAUUUUUGGAGCUGGUGCAUUGAUUAUUUUCCAGACUUUAUUCAACUAUUUGAGUUCUUCGUUUUACAGAUAUUUGGCUUCUACUUUUGCUUCCAAUGCAUUAUUUAGAAGUGUCAUUGCUGGCUGUUUCCCAUUAUUCGGUAGACCAUUGUUUGAUAACUUGAAGACCAAUAGAUUCCCUGUUGGGUGGGGUUCUAGUAUUUUGGGUUUUAUUUCCGUGGCCAUGAUUGCGAUUCCUGUUUUCUUCUACAUUUAUGGUCCUCAAUUGCGUGCCAGAUCAAGAUAUGCCAAUUGA